AUGGUUCAAGGAUUCCACACACACACCUCCCUCACACCUCUCACCAUCAAAGUCUCUGUCUCUACGGAUUACACCAGCUUGGCUCACCACUCACGACCUGUACAUGAGCAUAGGUACAGCGCUACCUUGGCUUCAACUCUAUUGGCGUCCAGACUAUACUAUUCUUUUCAAGCCAUCGGUCUCAUUUACGACAAACGCACAUGCCUUCUCGAUGUGUGGUUGCAGCCGAGCGAAAGAGAGAUCUUCCGCGGCCCAUGUUGCUUACCGCACAAAUGUCAAGCGUUCAUGGCGCCUUUAUCCCUUAGCCUGAAAGCGGCAGAGCUCACCUCUCCCGACUUACAUGGCCUUGGUAUUACUUGGAAGUUACACUUUAAACAUUUCGGCCAAAUUUACCAAAUUUGUCUCUCUCUUGAGAAUCAAACAAACCCCAUCUCGGGCCUGUUCCGGUCUCUAUUCAGCGUUGUCUUCGAACGAACGACUUCUGCCUCUGACGGAGAUCGCUCCUUCUGGGGAAGCAAAUUGUGGGAACGCAAUCGGCAAAUAUUUGAUUGGGCCCCGCCGUCGUCGAUACGAUGUUCUCGGGAUCGCCAGCCGUUGACUACACCUCCUGUCACCACCGCUGUGAUGUUGUUGGGCGCUGUUCUGGAAGCUCACCAGCCUGCUACCAGACAAACCCAUCUAAGAAGAACGGUUCAGCUCCGAGAAGCCACAGCCGUUCCGGGGCGCAAAACCGGCCCCCGCAUCAUGGACCAGUCUCCAGAACCAUCCUCCGUCUACCGCGUCUUCGGUCCUACAACCACUGUAACCGGCAUAGCCGCUGCUGCAGAUGCCAAUGUGCGCUCGGAGAAAAAAACACCCUUAGCACAAGCUUAUCUGCCUGUCCAACAAUCACACGUUGGCUGGUUUGGCAAAGGUAUCGACUCCGAGAGGUCCAAGACGACCCAAAAGGUGGAACCGGGCAAACUCCUUUUCCUUCAAAUUGAUUCCAUCGCUUCGAAACUCGAAAGUCACAUCAUCCAGGUGGGCUCACAAUAUCGCGUCUCGAUGACAAUUCUUCCCGACACGGAGCCAAGGUUUUUGAGGCUUAGAUCCAGUUCUCGAGAGUUUCGACUCGUCAACUUCUCGUCAGCCUCGACCCUUUUUUUCUCUCUUGGCAAUCAAUCGGAAGCACAUCGCGAUCCAACGCGGCCAGCAAACUAUGACAACUUCAUUGGUGCAGAAUCACCUUUCGCCAGGUUCACAAUCGCCGACGGGCUUCGCCAAGACUCCCAGCACGAAAAGAACAUAAGAAGCGAGGCAGAUCAGUCCAUCUGGCCGUUUUCGAUUUCUAUGACAGACAACUACCGACGCCAAGGACAGAACCGGCCCGGAUAUGCGGGUUUCGAGUUCGGAAUCGAGAUGCCACGAGAUCGCAGGCCAGAAAGCUACCCGGACACGACCUUGAGAUCAAACCACGACGAUAUCAAGAUACUUCGGGAGGAGAGAGACACUUCUAUUGGCAGCAUCGUGAUGAAAGCCAUGGCAACGACACACGGACAGCUCUUCCAGCACGACGAGUAUCUAAUACCUAUUCAACUGUCGGCAUUCAGACCAAUUAUCGUCCAUUGUCGACAAAUCGACAAAUCGACAAUAUUCGCCUUCCGUAUUACUAAUGCCGGUCUUUGGCCUGAACUCCUGCGAUCAGGGCUGAGGAAUCGUAAAAGUUACGGCGUAUUGUCUUCCGACUUACACGCGGAACCAGCCCAGCACAACCGCCCAAUACUCGCACACGUUGGCAGUAGGGCGUUCAAACAUGCCAGGCCCCUCGCAGUGAUCAGCAAUCUGGGUCCCUUUGCAUCACGGCCCGAAUCCGAGACGAGCAAAUCGGUUCUCGGUCUGCAAACGACGGGCAAAGACUCCACAUUGAUCCAGCGGCCCGAAUGA